GGCGCUGAUUUACAAGUACCUCAUGGCGGGCGUGCCCGUGCCGCCCGAUCUCCUGCUCCCCAUCCGCCCCCACCCCGCCGGCGCCGGAGCCACCUUCUCCUUCGCCAACCCCGCCGCCUCGCCCUUCUACCACCACCACCACCCCUCCAUGAGUUACUACGCCUACUAUGGCAAGAAGCUCGACCCGGAGCCGUGGCGGUGCCGCCGCACCGACGGCAAGAAGUGGAGGUGCUCCAAGGAGGCGCACCCCGACUCCAAGUACUGCGAGCGCCACAUGCACCGUGGCCGCAACCGUUCAAGAAAGCCUGUGGAAUCCAAGUCUGCUUCCCCUGCGCACCAGUCGCAGCAGCCCCCGUUGUCCGCCGUCACGUCCGCCACCCGCGACGCCGAGCCUCUCCCCUCCCUCCCGGCGGGGGCUAAGACCCAUGGCCUGUCCCUCGGCGGGGCUGGCUCGUCGCAGAUGCACGUCGACGCCUCGUCAUACGGCAACAAAUACUCCCUUGGAGCUAAAUCUGACGUGGGUGAACUGAGCUUCUUCUCUGGAGCAUCAGGAAACAACAAUAGGGGCUUCACCAUCGAUUCCCCAACGGACAGCUCGUGGCACUCAAUGGGAUCCAGCCUGCCCCCGUACCAACUGUCGAAACCUAGAGAUUCCGGCCUCAUGCAAGGCGGCUUCUCGUAUUCCCACUUUGAGCCGUCGCAGGAGCUUGGGCAGGUAACCAUCGCCUCGCUGUCCCACUCCCAGGAGCAGGACCGCCGCUCCUUCGGUGGCGGUGGCGGUGGUGGUGGUGGAGGUGGAGGGGCAGGGCUCAUGGGAAAUGUUAAGCAGGAGAACCAGCCGCUGAGGCCCUUCUUCGACGAGUGGCCGGGGAGGCGGGACUCGUGGUCGGAGAUGGACGACGAGCGCUCCAACGGCACCUCCUUCUCGACGACCCAGCUCUCGAUCUCCAUCCCAAUGCCUCGAUGUGAUUGACGGGUGCGAGCGGCAGGUGCAGGGCGUGCACGUACCUGCGCUGUGGCCUCUCCUGGUUCUUCGUGUCCAUUGUAUUCGUGCUAUGAACUCGGUUUAAGAGCAAAACACUUGCGCGUAGUUGUUGUUGGCGGAGAUAAGAGGAACCUGUAGCUGUUUUCAAGAUUCCACGUUGCGUUGUACGCUCACUCUCGGACAAGUUUGUGUGUGUUGUUGUUGUGGUAGAUCAUCUUGUGGAAUGUAUAACUGCCUAUUUGUCGGUGUUGAAUGAAUCCGAUGUUGCUUA